AUGUCAAUAGUUCAUGUACCUAAUACGAGGGAUUACUGGGGAAAAGUUACUGGUACUCAUCUGAUCAAGACAACAAUGACAGUGAAUCAGUAUGAGCAAAUACGUAAGUUUCUUCACUUCAAUGACAACAGUGCAAUGAUACCCAGGGGUGAAAAAGGUCAUGAUAGACUCUUCAAGAUAAGACCCAUAAUAGAAUUGAUGAGAUCUCGGUUUCAAACAAUACCUGUUGAGGAGUGUGUUUCUGUUGAUGAACAGAUAUGUUCAACAAAGGCUAGAAGUUAUUUGAAACAAUACAUGCCAAACAAGCCUCAUAAAUAUGGAUACAAAUUAUUUGUUAUUAGUGCCAUAUCUGGUUAUGCCUAUGAUUUUGAGAUUUUCACUGGAGAUGAAAAUGAACCAGAAAAAAGAGUGACUGGGGAGGAUGACUUGGGAGCAAGUGCAAAUGUUGUAGUUCGACUCAGUAGGAUACUACCAAGAAAUAUGAACCACAAACUGUACUGUGACAAUUAUUACACAAGUCUGCCACUGCUUGUAUGGUUACAUAAACAAGGAAUUAACUCACUUGGGACAGUCAGAAGAAACAGAGUGCCAGACUGCAAGCUCCCUUCAGAAGCUGAGCUGAAGAAAAUGGCACGAGGUGCAUCAGUAGAGCGCGUCGCAACAGUGGAUGGUGUCGACAUAUCAAAUGUAGUGUGGAAAGAUAACAAGAGUGUGAUGUUGCUUUCUACACUUGCUGGACAGCAGCCUAUUCAUGAAGCAGGGAGAAUCGUGUCGUACAUACAGCAGCAGCAGGAGCAGCAGUCUGAGGGGACAGCCGGUGAGGGGGCGGCUGUACGUCUAGGAGUGCGUGGGUGGCUGCACGCCGCGCUGCUGCGGGAAGUAUUGUGGAACCUGUCUGCCCGCGCUGGGGGCCGACCGCAGCUGUGCGUCACUGCACCCACGUCGGUGCCUCGGUGA